GAUAUGUUUCUAUACGAUAUACCCUCUUAAUUAUCUUAGAAUCCAUCCACAAAUGUAGGCUACUUGUUUCCUUAAAGACAUUAGAUAAUCCAGUUUUCUCAAGAGGCAGGAGUUCAGAGAGCUAUCUAAAAUAUGUUGUGGUUUAAAGUGCAAUAAAAGAUUUAUUAUUCUUUUUGUUGUACCCUCUACACUCCAAGAAAUCUAAGCUUUGCCAAGUCCAUCAGAAUUUAAGUCAUACCCACAUGCAAUUCCUAACUCUUGCCAGUAGAGAGCAAUAGGGAGUGCUACUGUUAUUUCUUUGCAUGUCACAAGACAAAAGUGGAUGGCUUACCCUGUUGAGGGGAACUUUUGUGCGUAAACUGUUACAUGGGAGUGAAAUUCUUGAAAUAGAGGAGUCUAGGUGGUGGCUCAAAUUAAUCCCGAUUUAAAAAUAAACUAAUUAUAGUUUAGGCACAUAAUCGUAGGCAUCAACUUCAAAUAUAGCGCAUUGUUCAUGUAAACCACGAACAGACAGCAUUUAACGAAUGCUGAAAAACGAAUAAAAGAAAUAAGGAAAUAAAUAAGAAAGAAAGAGUAAAAGAAGGGUGGAAGGAGGGGGGGGGGAGAAAUAAAGAACAGGCGUAAAGUUUUCCUUAACCACACAAAACUCACUGCAUGACAUGGAAUUAUUGCCUGUGCGCAAAUCUGGAUAGAAUUAUUUGUUAUUUUCUUUAUCUAUUACUGUUACACCCCCUUGCUGAAAAUGCAUUUAAUUGGCAGUCCCAAUGGCAGGGCGGGCAGGCAAAGAGAUCACUUGAUGAUGAACACAGUUCCGCAGAUCUAAUUGGAUAGGACAAAUGCCAGUUACGCGUAGAGGGAACGCCCCAAUUCAGUGCUGUCAGAGGCAGUCGACAGAAAGGUUUCCGUCUACAGCCUGCGGAGAGGAACCGACCAAAGAGAACGAGCAAAUGUACAAGGGCUUCGAGAGUACCAAAGUCUGAAGAGGAAGGUGGACCCCACGCAAACACAUAAUCACCGUACUUGAAGACAUUUAUACUUAAAAUAUUUAAGAAAAGGCCUGCGGAGAUGGGCGAUAAGGCGGGGACCAGAGUCUUCAAGAAGUCCAGCCCUAACUGCAAGGUAACAGUAUAUUUGGGGAAGAGGGAUUUCGUGGAUCAUCUUGACCAUGUGGACCCAGUGGAUGGAGUGCUCUUGGUCGACCCUGAAUAUCUCAAAGACAGAAAAGUGUUUGUGACCUUGACGUGUGCGUUUCGGUAUGGCCGGGAGGACCUGGACGUGCUGGGCCUGUCCUUCCGGAAGGAUCUGUACAUCUCCACCUUCCAAGCCUUCCCCCCGCUGCCCGAGGAACACAAGCCCCUUAGCCGACUGCAGGAGCGGCUACUCAAGAAGCUGGGACAGCACGCACACCCUUUCAACUUCACCAUUCCUCAGAACCUACCCUGCUCAGUGACUCUACAACCUGGACCAGAAGACACAGGCAAGGCAUGCGGAGUGGACUUUGAGGUCAGAGCUUUCUGUGCUAAGACGGUGGAUGAGAAAAUCCACAAACGGAACUCUGUGCGGCUGGUGAUUCGUAAGGUCCAAUAUGCUCCAGAGAAGCCGGGCCCCCAGCCCAUGGUGGAGACCACCCGCAGCUUCCUCAUGUCAGACCGAUCCCUACACCUGGAGGCCUCUCUGGACAAAGAGCUCUACUAUCACGGUGAGCCCAUUAGUGUGAAUGUCCACGUCACCAACAAUUCCACCAAAACCGUCAAACGGAUCAAAAUCUCAGUGCUGCAGGUAACAGACGUGGUGCUGCACUCCUGCGACACCUACAACAAGUCUGUGAGCCGACAGUCCUGCCGUGACCAGGUGUCCCCCAGCUCCACGUUCUGUAAGGUCUACACACUCACCCCUACGCUUAACAACAACCGGGAGAAGAGAGGCCUGGCCCUGGACGGCAAGCUCAAGCACGAGGACACCAACCUGGCCUCCAGCACCAUAGUGAAGGAUGUGUCCAAUAAGGAGGUCUUGGGCAUCCUGGUGUCCUACAGAGUGAAGGUCAAGCUUGUGGUGUCUCGUGGAGGUGAUGUGUCAGUGGAGCUGCCUUUUGUCCUGAUGCACCCCAAACCCACAGACCAGCCCAGCUCAAGGCCCCAGUCAGCUGUGCCUGAAACAGAUGCGCCAGUGGACACCAACCUGAUUGAGUUUGAGACAAAUAAUUUCUCUCAGGACGAUGACUUUGUGUUUGAGGACUUUGCUCGCUUGCGACUGAAGGGCAUGAAGGACGACAAGGAUGAAGACGACCACUUUUGCUAACGUCCCACCUGUGCCACCCCUCCAGCCCAGCCCAGCCCAGCCCUUCUCCCUGCUCCUCCCCCCCCCCCCCCCCAAAGGGGCAGUCUUAAAAACAUGGGAUGCUUAUCCCUCAUCUUGUCUGUUUGUUUUUUCUUCUUCAAUCCUCCAUCCCUUUACUAUUUCGUUUUUUUCUCCUUCUCUUUUAAAUGUUUUUCCACUGGUCCUUGUUCUUGUCUUUCUGACCAUUUGCAAUAGAGUGGUCUACCGGGUUUUUCGUUCCCCUUUGGUUCAACUAGAUGAUGCAUAAGUAAGUGGUGAUUGGCUGGACUGGUUGGCUAGCUGAGGGUCCACUGAUUCAGGGUUGAUGCAUACGUGUUUAUUUGUUUUUGUUUUUCAUUUUCUAAUCAAGUCCAACAUUAUAUAUGAGGUGGGCUUCAUUACCAAUGUAAGGACAUAAGUACCAUGUAACUUCCGUGUAUGUCUUGCACAAGUUAGCAGCUGGGGAUGAAGAAUGUUUGGUUUGGUGGGUCGUCUUCUUCCUCCCUCUCUCCCUUCCUGUAAUGGCGUAAAAGAAAAUACCUGUCCAUUAUGUACCUUUAAUGCAUAACAGACACUGGCAUUGCAGUCCUGGGACCUCAUACAGAUAUGUCAAGUUAACCGCAAACAUAUCUUUGUAAGUGCGAGCGACAGAUGGGCUUAUGUCAUUUCCUGUGCACAAGCAGUGCACCUAUAACACACAGAACAGUGUGGCCUUUUUUAUGCAUAGAAAAUAUUAGAUGGCUGAAUAUAUAGGACCACAAAGAGAUAUUUUGUAUCUUCUUUUUCGUUUUUCUUUAAGAAAGAUCAUCUAUUUGUUAUGUCCAACUGUAGAAAGUGUGUAUAUGCUGUCUCAAGUCUCUGGUAUAUUGGCACCAAGAGCAGACACAUAAGAUGCCUAAUUAUUCGUGCCACACACACACACACACACACACACACACACACACACACACACACACUCUUUGAAAAAAAAUCAGGCAAGCGCAGAUACCAUGUGUUUUUUUUUUUGUUUGUUUUUGGCUUUUUAUUUGUUUUCCAAGGUCAAUGCUGGUUGGAACUUUAUUGCCAAAAGUUUCUUUUCUUUUUUUGUUUGUUUUUCCUUAAUUGACGGCAUGAGUGAAGUUACAUUUAAUUGAAAAAUUCUAAAAUGAUUCCUGCCAACAUAUGGAAAUAUGCACCAUACACAUUAACAUACUGUACAGUAUCUACACCCAUGCAGUUCAAACACUGGUAGUUGAAACGGAUACAAAUCCAAUAUAUUUAAAAAAUGUGUGUCUUAAUUGCUUCAUAUAGUGGAAAAAACGUCCUUACAGAUUAGUCGCUUGGCAAUGACCUUUGACUCCAGUCCAUGAAACUGUAGUUAAUUAGUCCACUAUAGCUGGGAAGCAUUACAAAAAACAAUUGCAAUUGACAAAUGUCACCUUUUGUGCCAUUAUUUUUUAAAUUAAAUUAAAUUAAAUUAAAUUAAAUUAAAUUGAAUACCCUAGCCCGUGGCUAUUAGUAGCCAUCAUCUUGCUGAAGACUAUUGGCCAAAAAACAAAGGGCACAUUGGGCACAGUUUUGGCAAGCUCUUUGUCCAUACAUUUUUAUAUCAGAAGUUGAGGAAUGGAAAAAAAAAAUACUGUUAAGAAUUUCAUUUUUAUAUGUACAACAUACAGUUAUUAAAAGUCACUUGUAUGAAUUCAUGGCUUUCUGUUAUUUCAUAUGGGAGGCGUUUAAUUUGAUGCGUGUAUGUAGUUGUAUUCAUUUACCCCUUUAAAUUUUAUAUGUAACAAAUGAUUUGAAUACCAUAGUGUUGGUAGAGAGAACUGUGCCUCCUAUUGAAAUGAAUAAGCACGCCAUGAUUUCCCACUUGUGACAAUCCUAACAUGUUACAAUUUUGUGUCAAAAAAUUGCUUAAGGUCAAAUUUAACUUUUUUCUGUCUGAGGUCAUUUACAAGAAGCAAAACUUCCAUGUUGACAUGUUCAAUUGACUUUGAAUACGUACAAAAUGCUGGAUUGAAUUCCUAUUAUACGGAUCACCCUUAUCUUAAGAAACUGUCACUUGUCUUGUAAUUCCCUUUAUUUUGAGGAUUUCUUAAUAGUCUACAAGGAGAGGAGGGGAAGCACUCUGAAUAAGGUAUCUUACUCUGCAGUGCCCUCUAGUGUCUGUGACCAGUAGCUAGUUGUGUGUCUGUGCCUCAGCUCUACUGAAGAAAGAAACCAAAGCUUUCUUCAAUGCUGUAACAUUUACCUCCCAGAAACCAGCGAGAAAAAAUAAAUAAACCUGCUCUUAAAAACAAAAUAAAAAGAAUG